AUGGCUUCCACUCACAACCCCUUUGUGCUUGCUGCUAUAAUGAUUACUGCAUUAGUUUCACAUGCAUUUGUGGCUGACUCUAGAGCACUUUCCAAUCCUUCUUCCACCCUAAGCCUUGCUUUGAGGUUGAAGCUGGAGGGUGAACCCUCUAACUGUUGGGAAUCAUUGUGGCAUAUGCAAGCAUGUAGUGGAGAAAUCAUAAUGUUUUUUCUCAAUGGUGAGACCUACCUAGGGAAAGCUUGCUGUGAAGCUAUUAGGGUGAUUGGACAUGAUUGCUGGCCUAACAUUGUUGGUUCUCUAGGGUUCACCUCCGAAGAAACUGAUGUGUUGGAGGGAUACUGUGAUGAGGCUGUUCAUUCACCACCACCACCACCAUUAUCUGUAGAUCCUUAA